AUUCUCUCUCUCUCUCUCUUCUCUCUCUCUCUCUCUCUCUCUCUCUCAUUCUUUUCUCACUGUCUGCGACCUCAAUCUGAGCUUCUCCCAUUUGAUUAGCCGAGCCGCAAAAGCUCUCUAGAUCUUCAAUACCAGCAGCCAAAUUAUUUGAUGGUAUAGAAAUCUUUAAGCAAGAGGUUGCGGCACUGAAUAUUCUCAAUGGAAGCACAGAUCUUGAAAGAGGACAAUUCUAAAUUCCCGAGCUUGGAAGAAGAGCCUAAAUCGAAAGGCUUGGAAGAAGAUAGUUCUAAAGCACAAGAAGAACCUAAAUCACAGAGAUUGAAUGAAGAAGAGCAUAAAUCUCAGAGAUUGAAAGAAGAAGAAUGUACAUCGCCAAGCUCUACAGAAGAGCUUAAGUUAAACAGCUUGGAAGAAGAGCCUAAAUCGCAGAGCUUGGAAGAAGAGAAAGAAGAAGGACAAGAUAGCUUGGAACACCCUAGAUUCAAUGAAAGUGCAUUGCAAUUUUUGGAUUCGAUGGAUGGGUAUUUAACCCUAUUGGAUUCGUUGUCAUGGACACUCCGGCAGGGAUGGCUGCAACUGGCGAGUGCGCGACAUUCAAUGGGUGGGUCGCGGGUGAGCAGUGCUGUGCUGGACAUGAAGCCCCAUUCAGCUGCUACCUUUGUGCAAGUCGGCAAACAAUCCAAUUUUGAAUCAGGAUUAGGGGAAAUUCAUCAAUUUACACUGCUGAAAUGGGCCUCCUCUGAUAAUGGAAAUGUAUCUCCCCAUAGAGAUGAGAAUCAGCAGCUUAGACAACGAAAGGACAAGGAUGGAGAUGCUCCUGUUACGGCUGAAGAUGAUUAUCAAGAUCAACUUCAGAAGGAGCGAUUUAAAUCACUUUCGGUGUUUGGCGCAUUGGUUUCCCCCAAGCUACGAGCAGCUCAGCUCUCAUUUGAAACUGCACUCGAAGCACUUGUUGAGAUUGCUAACAUGCGAUCGUUGAUGCUUUCCAAUUUUCAUGAAGUCAGAAAAGAAAUGGAAUCAGCAAAUGGCAAGCAAUGAAUGCCAUUACCAUGACAUGAUAGAUACAUUUAUAGCCAGGGUACGUGAGCACCGCCUACCUCUUUAAGUUCUUUCCCGUUUUAUUUCACUUAGCUUUUCCGAGUUACUACAGUUAACAAUUUGAUAGUAGAAGUAAGAGUAGUUGUUCUGAGUUAAACUGGAUGGUUGAAGUGAUGAUACUGUUAGUGUUCCUUUUUACUUCCUUGAAAACUGUCACAUAAUGUUGUCAUGAUCCUAGUUAAUUAUACAUCACAGAAUAAUGUUGUUGAUUUUGUAGAACUCUUUGGGUUCUUGAUCAUUAUGUGAAAUGACAUUAUGAAGUACUGAGUGGUCAUCAUCAUGGUAA